UCAGCCAGGGGGUUGACAGCACCCCCCGAGUGCCUGGAGGUCCUUGGCACGGUUUGGCACGCAAACCAGACUGGCAAGAGAAACCCGAAGAUUUCACAUAGGAAUCCGCAGCCAUGGGGCUCUCUUGAGUUCUUGGCGGCAGGAGCCGCCGCCGAAUUGCUCUCUUAUUUUGAAAAAUCUUGAGUUUAGAGAACCCAGGCCCUGCUGGAGCCCAGCGUCUUGCUGCCACGUCGCUCAGAAACCAAGAGCUGGCCUUUCCCAAGCAGCCCCUCCAGUGUAUGGAGGGGCUCCUGGAGCCUAAGAAAAAGGUUGAAAACCGACAGCCUACCUAUUGACAUCAUUGUUGACACCGACUGGUCAAUCCUGUUCAACAAGGCAGACUUGAAGUAACUCAUUCCCCACAAUUUCAAAGCUGCUAUUAAAGGCACAAGGAAACAGGCCCUUAGGAAUUGUCGGGAGCCGGCUAUUCCUAUAAUCACUGAGCAUUGCCUGGUGUUAUGUACAGGAUCUCAAAGCACUUUACAAAGCUGAGUGAAUGUCACUAUUGUACAGAAGGGGAAACAGAGGUGCAGGAUUGACAUGACUAACCCAAGAUUCUGACCAUAAAAUGAGCCAGUCACCUGACAUAAUGUCCCUACAGAUUAUAUCAACUGUUAAUAAUUCAACCUUGAUUCAACCAGGCUUUUCUCUUCUGAAUUUUGAUGGGCAAGUCUUCUUUUUUGGACAGAAAGGCUGGCCAAAGAGAUCCUGUCCCACAGGCGUUUUCCUCCUUGAUUUAAAAAAGAAUGAGAUGAAACUGAAGCCUGCUUUUUUUUCUAAGGAGUCCUGCUACCUUCCCCCUCUCCGCUACCCUGCCAUCUGCAUUCUUGAAGGCAAUGAAGAGUCUGAGAAAUGUCAAUACGUCAUCCAUGGUGGGAAAACACCAAAUAAUGACCUUUCCAAUAAGAUCUAUGUUAUGAGUAUAGUAAGUAAGUCCAGCAAGAAGUGCACUUUUAAAUGCACUGAGAAAGAGUUAGUUGGUGAUGUCCCUGAAGCUAGGUAUGGCCAUACAGUUAAUACAGUUCAUAGCCGAGGUAAAAGCAUGACUGUUAUAUUUGGAGGAAGAUCGUAUGUCCCUUUUGGACAAAGGACCACUGAAAAAUGGAAUAGUGUGGUAGACUGUAUGCCUCAUGUGUUUUUGGUGGAUUUGGGGUUUGGAUGCUGUACCUCGUAUGUCCUUCCUGAGCUUCAGGAUGGACUUUCUUUCCAUGUUUCCAUUACUAGAAAUGAUACUAUCUAUAUCUUAGGAGGUCAUUCCCUUGAAAAUAACAUUAGACCUCCCAACCUGUACAGAUUAAAAAUUGACCUCCCACUGGGAAGCCCUGCUGUGAGCUGCACCAUCUUGCCUGGGGGAAUUUCUGUAUCCAGUGCUAUUGUUACACAGACAAGCAACAAAGAGUUUGUCAUUGUCGGGGGCUACAUGGCUGACAACCAGAAAAGGAUGGUUUGCAAUACAGUCACUGUAGAAGACAACAAAAUAGAGAUUAAGGAAAGGGAAGCCCCAGAUUGGACACCAGAUAUUAAGCACUGCAAGAUAUGGUUUGGUAGUAAUAUGGGUAAUGGGGCUAUCUUGCUGGGCAUACCAGGGGACAACAGGCAGCUGAUUUCAGAUGCAAACUACUUUUACAUUUUGAGAUGUAAAGCAGAAGGUGAGGAAGAAGAAGAACAGGCAGCACAAACUUUUAGCCAGACAUCUACAGAAGACCCAGGGGACUCCACUCCAUUUGAAGAUUCAGAAGAGUUCUGUUUUAGCACUGAAGCCAACAGGUUUGAUGAUGAUGAUAUUGACACCUACAAUGAGGAUGAUGAAGAUGAUGAAUCAGAAACAGGCUACUGGAUAAACUGCUCUGCCAAAUGUGAUAUAGACAUUAACACCUGGGUGCCAUUCUAUUCAACUGAACUGAACAAACCAGCUAUGAUCCUCUGUUCCAAUGGAGAUGGCCACUGGGUCCAUGCUCAGUGUAUGGACCUGUCUGAAGACAUGCUUUUACACCUUUCAGAAGCUAAUGUCAAGUACUUCUGCAAUGAGCAUGUGGAUUUUGCUAAGGGGCUGCAAACCCCUAAGAAGGUGCUGCCUUUGAAAAAACAGCCCAUGAAGCCAUUACGGAGAAAAACAACCAUGAGGAUAACGACACCAGUGAAAAAAUCCUUUCUUCGGCGGUUAUUUGAAUAGAUUUGCACCAGUGAUUAAUGUUUUGUUCAGAUGAAAUAAGGUCA